UGCAGCCUUGGUCUCACUUGCAAAACAUUCUUGCUUCAUCCGUCUUAAAAAAUCUUAGCAAUCAGUUGAUUAUGGCGAUCAAGUCUUGUGUGCUGCUGUUGUUACCUGUGGCCCUUCUGCUGCUCGCAGCAGGCAGCUCACCGGCGGUGGCGCAGCUGGAGAUCGGCUACUACAGCAAGACAUGCCCCAAUGUCGAGGCGAUCGUCCGUGAUGAGAUGGAGAAGAUCAUCUCGGCCGCACCCAGCCUCGCCGGCCCGCUCCUCAGACUCCAUUUCCACGACUGCUUCGUCAGGGGCUGUGAUGCGUCUGUCCUUCUCAACUCCACCGAGGGCAACCUGGCAGAGAGGGACGCCAAGCCGAACAAGAGCCUCCGGGGAUUUGGUUCCGUGGACAGGGUGAAGGCCAAGCUCGAAGCCGCCUGCCCCAACACUGUCUCCUGCGCCGACGUCCUCACCCUCAUGGCCCGCGACGCCGUCGUGCUUGCCAAGGGCCCAUCCUGGCCGGUUGCGCUCGGGAGGCGAGACGGCAAGGUGUCCAGCGCCACAGAGGCGGCCGACGAGCUGCCUCCAGCCAACGGAGACAUCCCUCUGCUCACAAAGAUUUUCGUUUCCAAGAACCUCGAUGUUAAGGACCUCGUCGUCCUCUCUGGUGCGCACACCCUCGGCACGGCGCACUGCCCGUCCUACGCCGGCCGGCUCUACAACUUCAGCAGCGCCUACAACGCCGACCCAACCCUCGACAGCGAAUACGCUGACAGGCUGAGGACGCGCUGCAAGAGCGUCGACGACAAGGCCAUGCUGUCCGAGAUGGACCCUGGCAGCUACAAGACCUUCGACACCAGCUACUACCGCCAUGUCGCCAAGCGCCGGGGCCUCUUCCAGUCCGACGCCGCACUCCUCACCGACGCCGCCACCAGGGAUUACGUCCAGCACAUCGCCACCGGCAAGUUCGAUGACGUGUUCUUCAAGGACUUCAGUGAGUCCAUGAUCAAGAUGGGCAACGUCGGCGUUCUCACCGGUGCUGAGGGGGAGAUCAGGAAAAAGUGCUACAUCGUCAACUAGAGUACCAGCUUGCUAAAUCGUUGAUUUUUAAUUGUAACUGCUUGAGAUGAUAGGGCUGCUUCUCUGUGCGUUCAUCACUCCAUUGCGUUAAUUAUUGUUGUAAAUCCAUUCUUGCUAUAAAUAGUAUCAAUUGUUUUGCUUGCCAAUUAAGUAGUAGAUAAGACUAGAGUGCCCACAUUAUAUAUUUCAUAUAUAUACAAUGUUGAAUUUGUACGCA